CAGCAAGCAGAAAAUCAGUUGACGAGAAAGACAAACAGCAGGAAAUGGCCAAACCCCAGGGACUAGUGACAUUUGAGGAUGUGGCUGUGGAUUUCACCCAGGAGGAGUGGCAGUACCUGAACUCUCUGCAGAGGACCUUAUACCGAGAUGUGAUGCUAGAGACCUACAGCAACCUGGUCUCCGUGGGGCAACAGGUUUGUAAACCAGACCUCAUCCUCAAGUUGGAGGUGGAAGAGCUAUGCCCAGCAGAAGACAGAAUUCCAAUUUGGAGCUUUCCAGAAGUCUGCCAAGUUGGUGAAAAGAUUGAGAGCCAGCAUCAGGAUGACCAAGAUCAAUGUCUCUUGAUGCAAGUUGGAUUCCCUGACAAGAAAAUAAUGACUACCAAGAAUGGCCACGACUGUAAUGAAUUUGGAAACACUCUUCAUCUGAGUACAAGCCUUGGUAUUCCAAUACAAAGACCUCAUAAACUUGAAACAUUUGGAAAUGAUAUGGUAGAUAAUGUAGACUUAUUUAGAAGUGCUGUGGAAAAGAAACACGAUAAUGGGUGUGCAAAAUUAUUCUUCCAUACUGAGUUUGAGAAAUCAAAUCCUGUAGUGAAGCCCUAUGGAUAUAAAGAAUGCGGGAAAGUCCUCAGGCGAAAGAAAGGUCUUAGUCUUCAUCAGAGAAUUAAAAAUGGAGAGAAACCAUUUGAAUGUACUGCAUGUCGGAAAACCUUCAGCAAGAAGUCACACCUCAUUGUCCACUGGAGGACUCAUACAGGGGAGAAACCAUUUGCAUGCACCGAAUGUGGAAAAGCUUUUAGCCAAAAAUCUCAGCUAAUUAUACACCUCAGAACUCAUACAGGAGAGAGACCCUUUGAGUGUCCUGAGUGUGGGAAAGCCUUCAGAGAAAAGUCAACUGUCAUUAUACACUACAGGACUCAUACAGGAGAGAAACCUUAUGAAUGCAAUGAAUGUGGAAAAGCCUUCACUCAGAAGUCAAACCUUAUCGUUCAUCAGAAAACCCACACAGGAGAGAAAACCUAUGAAUGCACUAAAUGUGGGGAAUCUUUCAUCCAGAAGCUUGAUCUGAUUAUACACCACAGCACUCACACAGGGAAAAAACCCCAUGAAUGCCAUGAAUGCAAGAAAACGUUCAGUGACAAGUCCACCCUCAUUACGCACCAGAGAACUCACACAGGAGAGAAGCCCCAUAAAUGUACGGAAUGUGGGAAGUCUUUCAAUGAGAAGUCGACCCUCAUUGUACAUCAGAGGACACAUACAGGAGAGAAGCCCUAUGAAUGUGACGUGUGUGGAAAAACCUUUACCCAAAAGUCAAAUCUGGGUGUGCAUCAGAGAACUCACUCUGGAGAGAAACCCUUUGAGUGUAAUGAAUGUGAGAAAGCCUUCUCCCAGAAGUCCUAUCUCAUGCUACAUCAGAGAGGUCACACAGGGGAGAAGCCCUAUGAAUGCAAUGAAUGUGAAAAGGCAUUUUCCCAGAAGUCCUAUCUUAUUAUACACCAACGAACUCAUACAGAAGAAAAACCCUAUAAAUGUAAUGAGUGUGGCAAAGCCUUUCGAGAAAAGUCAAAGCUCAUUAUACACCAAAGAAUUCAUACAGGAGAAAAACCCUAUGAAUGUCCUGUAUGUUGGAAAGCUUUUAGCCAGAAGUCCCAGCUCAUAAUCCAUCAGCGAACACACACAGGAGAGAAACCCUAUGCAUGCACAGAGUGCGGCAAAGCCUUCAGGGAAAAGUCCACGUUCACUGUCCAUCAAAGGACUCACACUGGAGAGAAGCCCUAUAAGUGUACAGAGUGUGGGAAAGCCUUUACCCAAAAAUCCAACCUUAUUGUACAUCAGAGAACCCAUACAGGAAAAAAGGCCCAUGGGAGAGGCCAGACCCGGAAGUCAAAGCUCACGGCACACUAAGGAGUAAAGUGAGUGUCUGUUAGGUACCCCAAAGGAAAGUUGUGUCAAUUUACUAUUUUAAAUGUACGUUCUGACUUCUGGUUUAAACACAGGGAGUAAAGUUGGCCUUUCUUCUUUUUGUCUCAGUUUUCACCCAAGAGCAGCAGGAGAAAAAGAAGCAAAAGUGUGAGCUCCAUAUGUGAUAAAAUUAGGAGACAACUGCUACCAGAGGCCUCCAGAGGCAGAGGAAACCAAGACCCAGUGCAGGGCCACAGAUGAGAGGCAGCAUGGGUUAGGACUCUAAGCAGAGGGUCCUGAUACACUCCAAGGUACAGCAUCACAGGCAGCUGUAACCAUGGUAACAGAGUGCAUGAGCAGGUAGGAGGCUUCCUAGACUAUUUGGCAUCUGAGGAGAAACAGGCAGGGGCCUCAACAAGGAGAUACGCAGACAAGCCUUAUUUACAGAAAGUAGCCUGUACUGAUAGGAGGAAUAGUUGUGGGCACCUUGGAGAAAAGAAGGGACUUUUCCUUGUGAAGAACCCAUAGUAUCUCCUGUUUAGUGACUUGGGAAAAGUAAAGUGAAAGAACUAACAAAUGUGUGUGUGUGGAGCUCAUUUGUUAGAAAAACUGAUCUUCCUAGAAUAUAUUCCUGGUAUCUUCCCAACAUGAACCUCCAGCGAAUAGCAAGUCCAGGAAAAACUUUUCAUUCAAAGAGAAUAUUUCACAGAAAAUCAAAACCACAAAUGUUUUCCAAGACAUCAACUCAACUUCAAGAUUGUCAAAAUGAUGAACACACAGAGGUGUUUGUUGAUGCACUGUUUGCGAAAAUAUUGGAAGCUGUCCAAAUGAAAUCCCCAGAUUCUGCUUCCUGAAAUUGUGAUGUAUUUGUACAACAGAUUCCUAAGUAGAAAAAAAUGAUAAAGAAACUUGGAUAUCAUUUAUGUUACUGAUGUGGAGCAACCUCCAAAUUAUUAGGGAAGAAAAGCAAGAUACAGCAUAGUAUGUCACGAUGUGUAUAUAAAGAGGGAAAAUGGUAAGUACAUAAUUGUAUAUACACAAACCAUUUCUGAAAAGAGAUACAAGAUGCUGAUAACCUUGAUUCCCUUGGGGAAGGGGCAGUGGGUGCUGAGGGCAGGGAACUGGGAGGGAGAUAGCUGUGUAUCCUUUCAUAGUUUUAGAAAACUGUAUUAUGUGGAUGUACUGCCUUUUCAAUGAACAAAUAAAAUUUUAAAAAGCA